AUGAAUCAAUUAAUCGUCUUCCGCGCACUACAAGGCAUUGGGGGAGCAGGCAACUACGCUAUCUGCACAAUCAUCUUGCUUGAGAUGGUCCCCCCAGAACAGUAUGCUAAAACCACUGGCAUUGUGGCGUUUGUCUUCGUGUUGUCUUUGCUUCUGGGGCCGAUAUUUGGGGGUGCAAUCACUCAAUACACGACCUGGCGAUGGAUCUUCUUGAUAAAUGUCCCACCAGGCGUCAUCGCAGCUCUUGCUCUGAUUUUGUUACUACCAAACAGAUUCCCUCACCAUAAUAAGCCGCGAGAAGCCAAAGUCUCCUUUCGUGAAUCUCUCAAGAAGGCAUAUGAUCGUAUUGACACCAUCGGGGCUUUGAUGCUUGUUGCAGCAACAGUACUGCUCGCUGCUGGUCUUGAUGAGGCUGAUGAGCAAUAUGCAUGGCGAUCUGCAUUUACUAUUACUGUGCUGACCAUCUCGGGCAUUUUAUGGAUUCUAUUUGCGCUUUGGGAACGACGAAUCACUCUGAAAGCUCAACUUGUAGAGCCUGUAUUUCCAGGGUGGUUCUUCCAGAACCGAGUAUGGAUGGCUAUGCUGUUGAUCAAUGACAGAAACGCAGUAUUCAUUGGUAUGAUUUUCUUUUCAACCAUGUUCAUCAUCCCACAGCGCUUUGAAAUAGUCAAUGGGCUUUCUCCUUUCCAGGCUGCUGUUCGUUUCAUCCCAUUCACCAUCUUCUCCCCUAUCGGAUCCAUAUUCUCGCCGACUAUUGGGAAGAUUUCCCAAAUGCCCCUUAUGUAUCUUCUGGUCCUUGGACCGCGCCAUCGUACCGACACUCCUUUCCGGAACAACUCCCGCUCAACCACGACGACCACGACGACCACGACAACAAAACGCGACAUGACGGACAGAAUAGCCAACGAGAAAGGAGACGAGGUCGUCGUGAUGCACGACCAUUCCGACGACAACGAGUCCGAAACCGAGAAUAAUAUGGAGACCGUCACUGCCGGGAUACUGUUCGCUGCACUACCGAAAUGGUUCGACGCGGCGAUUGUUGGGACGUUAAUUUUUGGCGGGUGCUGUGGGAACGUGUUUGCGUUGGAGGCUAUUAUCAAAGACGAACCAGCCGCCGGUCCUCUGAUCACCUUUGUACAAUUCGUGACCGUCUCGCUGUUUACGAUCCCCAGCUUCCUUUCCUGGUCCGCCGGAGCGUCGUCCUUUUUCAUGAAAGCGCCUGUCAUCCCGCUACGAUCAUGGAGUAUAUACACACUCUUUUUCGUCACGGUCAAUCUGCUCAACAACUGGGCCUUUGCAUAUCACAUUUCCGUGCCGCUACACAUCAUUCUGAGAUCCGGCGGACCCACGGCGUCAAUGAUUAUCGGGUACUGGUAUAAUGGUCGACGAUAUUCGCGCAUGCAGAUCUUCUCGGUCGUGUUGUUGACGCUGGGCGUUGUGGCUGCUGCAUUGGCAGAUGCCAAAGCACAAGGGAAAGCGAUUAGCCUGUCGUCAGGAGGAGAUGAGGAAAAAUCCACGUUGACGUUUGUUACUGGAUUCACCAUUUUGGCGCUGGCUAUGCUUCUGUCGGCGUUCCAGGGUGUAUAUGCGGAUAGACUGUAUGGCACGUAUGGAAAUACGCAUUGGCGGGAAGCAUUGCUGUAUUCGCAUAUGCUUUCUUUGCCAUUCUUUCUACCUACGUACACGCAACUCUCGUCACAAUUCCGCGCAUUCAUGUCCUCUCCAUCAAUGCUCGCAGAUUUCUAUCCUGCCGCCGGGGGGACUCUGCCACAGGACGUAGUUACAGGAGAUGCACUCAAGAACGCGACAAUGGCCGUUUCGCAUCAUAUUGCCGCUUCACUAUCCUCAGCCAUAACGCCAUCCUCCAUGGCCGCAGCAGCCGCAGCCACCCCGUCCCUCACAGCGCAUAGCGGCAACCUCCUUGCCCAAACCAGUACCUCAUUCACCAAUAUCCUCUCCGCAUCCACCGACGCCAUGCAACACGGCUUCCUCACCACAAUCCUCAACAAAACGCCCAGCAAAAUAUUUUACCUAAUCAUCAACGCGCUGACGCAAUACAUCUGCAUUCGCGGCGUUUACUUGUUAGCCGCGAAAUCAUCCUCCCUCACCGUAACCAUCGUCCUGAACAUCCGCAAACUGGUCUCUUUGCUUCUUUCGAUUUAUAUUUUCGGAAAUUCUCUGGCUGCCGGUGUCCUGAUUGGUGCGGGCUUCGUGUUCCUUGGUGGCGCGUUGUAUGGCGUCGGCAGCGCGAGAGCGAAGAGUAAUAAGAUGAAUUCUGCGGCUGCGACGACUGAACUACAUUAUCGCCACAACCAGGAUAGUAGCAAUGGGAAAGGAGUGAAGGGGUUCUUUGCGGCAGCGAAGAAUAAUUUGUCGUCUUCGUCGUUGAGUAUGAGGGAGACUAGUCCGACGAGGAGGAGGAAGGUCAAGGUUUGA